AAGCUUUAGGAACGAUGAGCUUAUGGCUGAGGUAGACCCCGGGACAGCCACGGGCUCGCGUCGCGGUCGUGGCCCGGGCCUGCGCCUCGGCCAUCGGCGACCUCAAACCUGGGAGAUUUCCGACUCAGACGCCGAAGGUGCCCCCGCUAGGGAGGUCGACACCCAAGCCCCGAGUACAGUAGGAGAGCGCAGAGCUGCGGCCAAGGCUUUACGGGCAGAUCAGGUUCUGGGGCGUCUGGUGGUGUGCGUGGACCCAGCUGUCCUGGAAGAUGCAGGCUCCGACAUCCUGAUGGAGGCGCUGGCCACGCUAGGCUGUGAAUGCCGCAUCGAGCCGCAGCACCAGGCACGUAGCCUGCAGUGGAACGUUGUGAGGCCCGACCCGGCGCCCAGCAAUGUGCCUCUGGAGGCGAAUCCUGAAAAUGAACAGGAACAGUUGCUGCUGCUGGAACCUCAGGAAUUUCUUCAGGGUGCCGUGCAGCUGACCCAGAUCACAGACCCACCUUGCUCCAUCCCCUGGCUGUCUCCCAAGAGUCUCACCCGUUCCCACCUGGCUGUCAUUGGAUUGGAUGCAUACCUGUGGUCUCACCAGCCCAGUUCUCAGAAGACAUGGCAACUAAAGAAGUCACAGGAAGCCCAUGCCAGGGAAGCUAUCAGCUGGCCCGAGGUGGAGGAGGCCCUGGUGCUGCUUCAGCUCCGUGCAAACCUGGAUGUGCUGCUGGUGGCCUCAUGGCAGGAGCUGAGUCAGUAUGUGUGCGCCUUCACCAAGGCCCUCUCCCAGCUCCCCUCCAAGCAGUUCCGGGACUCCCAGGCCUUUUCUUUCUGCACAGCAGGCCAUUGGGCCUCAGGCCAGCAAGUGACCAGAGAUGGCUCCGGGCUCAGAGGAGUGUGGUGGCGGCAAAUCAGACAGUUCAACAGGGUCAGCCCAGCUGUAGCUGACGCUGUUGUUACUGCCUUCCCCUCACCCCGCCUUUUGCAACAGGCUCUACUGGACUGUAGCACGGAGCAGGAACGCCUGAGCCUCCUAGCUGACCUCCCUGUGAAGGCCCACAGGGGCAAGCAGCCUCGCAGAGUGGGGCCUGACCUCUCACGCAGAAUCUGUAUCUUCUUGACCACCACCAACCCAGACCUCCUGCUGGACCUGAGCUCUUGACCACACCUAUGCCAUCCUUGGGUCACCUCCUGCCCAUCAGCACAACAGGACAGGCCCGCCCAAGAGUCUAAUUACCCUGAGGGGCAGGCAAGGAUGUUUGGGUCCAGCCCAUACCUUUUUCAGACUGGGGUAUACUCUGUUGCCUGAUGGCCAAGUGGAAGCACCAUGGGAGGUGGGGGAGGGUAAGGGAAGCGGAGGUGAACAGAGGAGUGGAGGGUAGUGGCCACAAGAGCCCUAGGGCAACUGGGGUCUCAACUUGCCUUUGCCUGGACACUUGUUGCAGGAGCUUAGUAGGGGGUCUGAGUGCCUAGUUGUGCUAUUACAGCCUCAUGCUGUCUGGAAGUUUAGGGUACACCCUCAGGGAGAAGUACUCAAUGAUCCGUCUCUAAGCUGCCGGACAGAGACAGAAGGUAAACAAUAGACAAGGCAGCUUGGGCGUUUGUGAGGGCUCUUUUAAUGAUAUAACCUCUGGGGACGAGACAAAAACCCUUCACAGGCAUCCGCUGACAUCUCUGUAACAGGAGCAGGAGCUAACAACAUGCAAUGCAAGUCAGGAAAACCCCAAGGCCCUGUGGGUCGGGACAGCCCAUCUUUUCCCUGGGAUAUGAAUGUACUCCCCUUCGUCAGGAGCCUCCCAGGCUUGGCAUCUAGGUCCACAAGUGCCUAGCUACAGUUCCCAAGACGAGCAGGAGCACUGCUUCGCUGCCAGCACAGGCAAUAGGAUGGCCUUCAUACUCCAUGGCCAACAGAGAGACUGGCCUGGCCUCGGGGAGAUAGGGAAAGCCUAGACCUCAGCUCUUCCCUCUCCUGCUGCCCUGGAAGGGCAAGAAAGAAAGGUAUCUGCAUUCCCAGGGAGAGAGAAGUCAGCUUCUUCGGCAGCGCUUCCUCUGACAGGGCCUGGUCUCAAGACUCUCAGCACCAGGUGUAGCUGUGCCAGGAGGGGGAACGGGGGAUUUCCAGUGGUUGCAGUUCAUGCUCAGGACCCAGCCCAGCUUGUUAUGCAGCACUUGCUUGAGGCCAGGUGGCAAGGGCAGGCCCUCAAGGGUGUCCCCUGAGUUUGGCCGCAGUUGGCGCAGGCGGUAGCAGCACAGGUAUUGCAGGGAUGUGGAGCUGGCACAGGAGCGGAUGACUUUCAUGCUGCUCUUGGCAGCUGUUGAGCAAACCAUCGGGUAGAACCUUCUGUUUUGAAGCCGAGUAGCAGCCACUCCUGGAAGGAAGGCUCAACCUGAGUGCCAUGUAGGUUGGGAGCCAGAAAGCUCCUCCUACAAUGUACCAAGGUGAGCAGCUCAACUUGUGUAAACACAGAAGACAGACUCUGGUCUGGCCAGGUAACCCCAACCUGGCUUCGGCCCUGCCUACCCACCCUCAGGAGCCUCAAGUCAGACUGCCUGGUCCCACCCCUAAAGGCUCCGCAAAGACAUCCUCACCUAUGCACUUCCUGUUCUUGAAAAAGGUCAGUGUUCCAUGCCAGGUAUCCAAGUGUACACCAAUAAUCGAGCCCUGGCCGAAGCGUGAAGAGAAGCUUGUCUUGUCACCUUUGUGGUGAAGGAGCCCUGUAAGGAGCAGAGGGGUAAGCCUGGAAGGUCUGUGGCACUGCCAGGCCCACCUGUAACCCAGGCAACACCCACCAGUGUAGGAGAGCCCCCAGCUGUCUUCAUCCCUGCCAAGCAGGCUGCAGAACGUGUGGUGGUACUUGUCCAGAUCAACAUCUGAUGUCCCAAUGCCCACCAUCUGCAAACAGUGGGGCUGGACAGUUAGGUGCCUAGUGGCAAGGCCCGUGGCACCUACCCUCUUGCUUGGCCAUUUACCAUGUCAGUGCCAUACACAGGAGAGGUCAUCUUGAUUUCCCAGAAGUGUUGGCCAUCCCCUAGCUCCUUGGUGCCCCGAAUGGCUGCAGUGCCACAGCUAUACUCCAUGUGAAAGCUGACCUUGCGAUUGUCACAGCUCAGCAAGGUGGCUGAGGACUUGUUCAGGUCAUCCCAGACCCAGUCAAAAUCUGUUAAGACAGAGGGCCCAAACUAGGGAGGGCUAUAGCAAAGAGGUGCCUUCCUGGUCCCAGAGAACCUGCCCAGCCCUCCACAUGUCUCAGUGGCAAGACACUCACCCUCAUCCUCCUCACCACAGCGGCAGUCCUUGCCACGGUGUGUUGUGUGUAGACUGUUGCAGAAGGUAGCCUCGUUCUGGCCCUCACAGUCACAGAAGGACUCUCCUGUCACAGGCACAGCACUGGGGAUGGAUGGUGGCAGGGAAGAGUACUCAGGGUCAGAGUCGGAGUCACUAUGCUGGGAGGGAAGGGGCAGGUUGUCCUGUUUUAUGACAGCUCUCCCUUUGCCAGGCUACCCAACCCCUUCUCAAAUCCACCAGGUAAGAAUCUAGACACCUGUGGUUCUCCAAUACUCAACAUAAACAACUUGAGUGCUAAGACUCCCAGCCUGAGAGACAACAAUGAGAUGGGAGGUGGUCCUGGAGGAGUGACUUCUUACUUGGCUUCUUAAUGGAUCUCUGGAACUCAAUAUAGCCCUCUGCAUUGCCACACAGAAGCCCUAGUUGCCAUAGGCCACUCAGCACCCACCUGCUGUCUUCUCUAGGUAGCUCAAGGUCUCCUAAACCACAGGGCUGGUGCUGUCAUCAAGGUCUAGCAUCUGGCUCCACAGAGCCUAAGACCUAACUAAGCCUUGGGAUGUCUCCAAGGUCACUGGAAUCAAGAAGAGGAAGGAUGCUUAAUGAGGUCAAAUGGGCUAAUGCAGCUGCUUCAAGCCUCAGCUGCAGCAAACUCCUCCAAAGAUGCAGUCCUUGUGGCUUGGGCUCUCAGGCCUCAGAGCCUGGUUGGGGGUGUAAAGAAAGCUGAGCUGGUCAAGUUUCAACUACUGACUGACCAAUCAACUUUAUUGCUAUUCAGACGCUCUGCAGAGCCUUGGAUCCCUGUUUUGGUGCUAGGGUUCAGGCUAGCUAACCUGAUGGUCCCUGAAGCUUUGGCCUCUACCUCCUUGAGCUGCCCUGCUGUGCCCCACACAGUGAUCCAGAACCCCCCUAUAAUGGCAACCACAUCACAGUUCUAACCCUCCGACCCAGAAUUAGAUCUAUUUGCAGUCACAAAGUCAUCCUGCUAUAAGCAGGGCACUCACUGCACUUCUCUACAAGGAAGCAUUCAGCUACCAAGAGGAUCUUGGACCACAUUCACCCUGUAUUUGUCUUCACAAUACUCAGGGUCUCCACCAUCCUGGUCUCUGCUUUUGCAAGAUCACCAGCUCCUCAGGGAGGGCCCCAAAUCAUCUAGAGAUAGAGAACUAUCAUCGUGGAUGUACAAUAUCAUGAGCAGGUGAGGAAAUGUCCAGCAAUAGGGCGCUGACACAAUUCUGGGUCCUGUGUGCUGGAAUAGGGGAAUGUAACCCACAAGGAGCCAGACUGAAUGUUUGGUUAGCAACUUAGGCCACUCAGAAGCCAAAUAGACCAGCUACUUUUCGUGGUGGAAAGCCUCAUACCUCAAAGCAGACCUUGUACCCCAUUGGCAAAGAUGGGAUCUUCUAAAGCCAAGGCAGAUCCACUGAAUAAGGAGCCAAUCUGCCUAGGACAGGAGGAAGGGCAGAUGCUGCUCAACCCAACCUGGGCCCAGGAACACCCACAACUGCCUGCCACAUGACUACAUGGCAAGCUUAUUACAUGAUGGAAGACAGGCAUGUGUGUGUCACUGUGAUGACUGUGAGGCAGGAACAGGCAUAUAGGCUGUUUCAGGUGCAUUGUCAUUAGGAACUGGAAGUGUAGCUGAAAAAUUGGGCUAACAUUUAACCUCAAAAGACCCCAAGAAGGGCCUGGGGCACUGCUGACCUAGUCAGUAAAUCACUUUCCUCACAGUCUGGUGAUCCUAUGAGCUUCUAGAAAGGACCCUAAUCAUAACCCCAACCCUAGACCUGUUACAGAGAGCUAUGACAUCAGAGUAGAGGCAAUAUAGGGCAGGGCCAGAAUACCAGUCUGAUAUCAGCAAGGCAAGUCAGCAGUCACAUCCGAGAACCCAGUCAGGCACAUGACGCUGGGUAUCCACCCUGUGCCUGCACUCCUGGGCCUCUCCGAGCUCAGAGUCUCCAACAAAGGAAGUCUUGGGACAUUUAAACUUCAAGAACUAUAAACAUUACAAAGAAAAGGCAUUUGCUGAGGACCCUAAGUGUCACAUGGUAGAGAACAUGACUCCGGCAAGUUCUGACCUCCACAUGUUCAUCACAGCACCUGUAUGCCCAAACACAAUAAAAUGCCUCAAGUCCAA